AUGUCAAAAAGAAACGCUGACCACGAUUCGGAAGUUGAACAGCAAUCGAGCUCAAAGCGAGCCCGUCGCUGCGCCCUCGAGUAUCCGACAUCCUCUUCUGGCUCCUCCCCGCCCUUUCAACAACCCACUGCUCUACUUUCGUUCUCCUAUACCCCAGCCCAUGAACUCGUCUUUGACGAUUCUGCCUUGCGCUACUAUGUCCCACCACCAGCCCGCGCCAAGCUCUCUCAUGCUUAUGAUCGUUGGAUACGUCGACCAGAAGAAAGGUCGAGGAUUGACGGACUUCUCCGCGCGCUAUCUAGAGCACAAGACCAAAAGCACCCUUCGCUUGCGUCGGGUGUUGGCGCUGUAGGAUGGCGAGGAGUCCUUACUCGCAUACUCACAGCACCCUAUGAAGAGCGCGAGGGCUGGGAUCUCAAUGUUAUGUGCGUCCAAGGGGUGUUAUAUCUCGAAGAGCACCGUUCGGAAGAGAUGAUGCGCGAAAAAAACGAUCUUGCACCGCGCCAAAGGUUGCAGACGUAUUACGGCUACGCAUUCGAGUCGUAUUGUACAAGUGAUAGCCCGAAUAGAACCAAUGUUCCUCAGCGACCGGGCGAUCCACCAGGCUGGGGCGGCGACGUCGAUACCAAUGUGCAAUGGUGCAGUGUCGUUCGAACCAAGCUCGGUGAUACCCGCUUGGUCAUUGGCGGCGAAGUUGAUUGCGUUCGAGGCAAAUUCACUGGCAAGACGGACACCUUUAUUGAGCUCAAAACCUCGAUGACAAUACGAGGGGCACAGGACGAAGCUCGUUUUGAAAAGAAAUUACUCAAGUUUUACAUGCAAUCCUUCCUCCUGGGUGUUCCUGAAAUUAUUGUCGGUUUCCGAACUCCCUCCGGCGAAGUUGUAUCCACCCAACCAUUCAAAACCGUCGAAAUCCCGCGUAUGGUACGUGGGAAGCCACACGCGUGGGACCCGACGCGAUGUUUCCAGUGGGGAGACGCGUUUCUGCGCUUUCUUCGCACACAGUGUCGUCCAGAAAACGAUGAUGAAACACGAGUGUGGCGGGUUACGUUUCGCCCGCAAAUCGGAGUUGAUAUAACGCUGCUAGAUCGGGAAGGCGUUGAUGAGGUUGAAGCAGGAGAGGAGCGAGUGGGCUUUCUGCCUACCUGGUAUUGGGACGAAGUUGGGGGCAAAGGCAAACAGAAGAAACAAGACAGCCCCGGUUCAGAUACAAGAGGUUGA